AUGGAUAUAGAUGUCCCUUCUGUUACUCCCAACGGAGCAAAUCCACUUUCUGCAAGUCAAGAUUCACCAUCACAACAGCCUUCUCAGUCAAAAUCUGCCCUUGAUGCUGGUUAUGUACAAUUUCUUAAUAAGGGCUUUAAUGACAAAGUAUUCGUGCCAUGGGCUCGCGAAGAAGAUAUUAGGAUGGGUGCAUUAGCAAGCAUACAAGCACUAGUUGACAGUGGGAUCGACCCUGAGGGAUGGGACCCUGAGCUCGAGGAACAAAAGAAGAGGGAGAAGGCCGAAGAGUUAGAGAGGCAAGAAGAAGCACAAAGAGUGAAAGAAGAGGAAAGAAGAAGGUUGGAGAUGGAGAGAAGAAGUAAUGCUAUGAGUGGUGGUCAGAGUGGCGCAGGCGUCGAGAGGCCAAAGGUGUUCCAACUGGAUGAGUUUGAUGACGAUGAUGACUGA